AUGGCAGAUCCAGCCAGUCAGCUAACAAUCUCGCAAGAGAACAAUCUGUUAAACCUCUUACACGAAGCCGCCGAGGAACUGAAAGGACUUUUACAACCAGCGAAAGCAAGAGAAGAAACAGGCCAUAGAGAUUCAGCUGGACUUCACACAAGGCUUUUUCAGAUCCUCAGGAUGUUUUGUGAGGUUCAGACCCAAAGAGUGUGCGAGCUGAGAGAGGUUCUUUGCGGUACAGCAAACACACUCACCGGGCUUAGGAUGUGCUCUAAUUUGACACACACAUUCCCAGACACGGAGUCUCAAGAGAAAACAGCUGUUGUGGAUGCUUCCUGUGGAUCCCACUUUUUGACUGACCAAGUGACUGAUGUCAUCCUCAACGUCCUGGAAGAUGUCCACGUCAUUGUAAACCAGUUCAGCGUAAUGAGCAAGAGACUUGACAAUGGUAUUGCUUUUCUUACUGAAGUCAGUGGAGAGAGAGGUGAUCUUACCAGUACUGGACCUCUGGAUACUGCAGACCACAUUAAACCAGAAUCAUAUGACAUCAGUAUUCCGCUGGACCAGCAUCCUGCAGACCACUUGCUUGCAAAUGCGCAGUCAAUAAGUCUUCCAGAUCCAGUAAAGCACUGUACUGUGUGUUUGGAUGACAGAAACAGGAGUGAAGAGAGCUCACAUGAGGAAACAAGAGUAGACUCGCCGUAUAAAUCUAUGGUGACUGACUGCAAGAACUGUCUGAACAUGAAUGUUGAGGUGGAGGAAGAAAAAGAAGGAGAGGAAAGAGAGAAAAGCAGAGGACAAGACAGUGAAAGACUGAAGCAUACAUUGGUAACUGUUGGACUUGCAGACAGAGCCAGAUCUUCAGAGUCUCCCAGAGUCUGCUAUAUAACCGCCCCAUCAGAAGUUGUGAACAUCUUGACUUGUGAGGUGGUUGAUGGUCUGAGUUCUCUCAUGGUGUCAGGAUCAGAGGAGCUGGUCAGCACUGUUCUCCGCAUACAAAACUCCAGCCAUGUCAAAUGUCCCUUCCCACUCACCAUAGCAGUGCCGUUCCAGGCGAGAUACCGUGGGAACUACAGAGAGAUCACCGUGAAAGUGGUGGAUCCAGAGCAAAGAGUUAGCUAUGUCACACCUACAUCUACUGAAGGCUUCUAUGGGGGUCAAAGGGGUUGGUUUGCAGUGGUGCGGGUGUACUCUCUGGGUGUGUUUGCGGUUCUGUCCCGUUUGAGGACAGAGAGUUUUACAGUCCCAAGGACAGGACUGUCUCACAAACUCAGUGUGGACUCCAGAAUAUGCCUCGACUACUUGCCUGGAUCCUUCAUCGCACCAGUUGUCGCUCAAGUGACGGUACAGCCAGUGGAUGCCUUUGUUUUAUCCUCUCUUAAAUCCAAAAAAGAUUCCUACCAUGCUGCUCUCACAUCAACCCCCUUACUUUACCUAAGCCAUCCAUCAACCCUGAAAUUCAGACGACCUUUGACACUCAUCCUGCCCUGUCCUCCUAUCUCUGAGAAGAGAAAAGCUGGAGAAGACACUGACAGACCCACUCUUAUAUCAGGAACUUUCUCACCCCAGCAGAUUAGAGUUGAUGGUGCCUCGGUAAAGACUCAUAAAGAGUGUAAAGAGCAGCUGGUUGUGCUGGGCUGGAUAGAGAACUGUUGGAAAGUACUGGAUAAAGUCAGUGUAAAGAACCUACAGAACAGCUUGGUCCGUUUUGAGCUACCAGAGAGCUAUGAAAGGUUAAUAGUCCUUCGCCUUCAAUCUUCUGUAAAAUCUUCCUACCUGACUUCAUUAGUUGAAGAACUGGAAGAAACUGUAAAGAUCUUCUCAGUCACAGUUGUGCUCCAUCAUGAGCGUCUGGACCCCAGCAGUGUGGUUGUGGCCACCCUGCCCAGAAGAGAUGUUAGCGCGGCGCUGUGUGAACUCCAGGCCCUGGGUUACUGUGGUCCUCCAGAGCCCUCGUCUGAACUCUCCAUGAGGGAGGGAGAACAGCUGCUGCUCAGGUUCAGCGGGAAUAUUACCUGUAAUGAUCCCAUAGGUAAUGAACAAAUAGAUUCACACAUAAUCACAUUCCACAACCAAAGAAGAAACCGGCUGUAUUUGAAAUUAAAAGAAGUGGACCCCUUCGGCAACUACAGCUCUCUUCACUACAAAGGCGUAACCAGUUUAUUCAAGGUCACCAAAGGUCAGCUGGUCUGGAAUGGUGACAGGGCAGCUGUGUCUAAGGACUAUCCUCUAGAAGAGCCUGUCUGCCGGCUGGCACUCACUCUUCCCAAGAGUGCAAGAACAGUCUGUCAGCCUGUGAGUGUGAAAGUAAUACAGCACAGUCAAACAGGUAUGUGAAAUCUACUUCACCAUUUGUUUAUUUUGUGCACUCCAGCUCUCUCUUCUAUUUUCCUCCAUUUUGGCCUGUUUUUUCGUUUGUUUGUUUGGUUUGCUAAGUUCUCUCAGAUUUUCAUCCUUCUCAGUUUCUGUCAUUUAAAAAUGACAGAAUGUCAGAAAUGUUCUGUGCACCUGUGGACGCACACAUGCUAACAGUGUUUGUCCUCCAGACCCUCCCUCGGAUGAGCUGUUAUCAUGGCUCUGUGAUGAGCUCACUGAAGACGAUGCAGCACUUCUCGUUAUGUCCCUCCAUCUCCGUCGCUCUGCUGUCCAGAUUGCUCGACUCCGUGCACCAUACAGCCUCUCACAACAGGCCUUUCACAUUCUAACAGCAUGGAGGCGGGGCCUUCCUUCCUCGUCUCCGAAAUGCCCCAUACUGGCCCACUGCUUGACCCGCGCAGGGAGGGCUGACCUUGCCAGAGAGCUACUACUCAGGGAAGC